UAUCUUUUGCCUCUUUUGUUUUGUUCGCUUGUUCUGCUUUGAAAAAAAUCAACGUGCCCUGAGCUCAACCUUAUAUUCAAGCUGAAAGGUUUUAAAAAUAUUGUGAUUUAAUAAUACACCGAUAACAUGCCAGCCAAAAUAAAACCGAGACUUUCGCGUGGUGUGCUGGACAUGAAGUUUAUGCAGCGCACAAAGGUCAAAGUGGAAAAGGAGGCGGAUGAUGAGCAGAGUCGAGCACUGUAUUCCAAUGAGAUUAACCAGAAGAUGAUCAACUCCAGCUCGAACUUUUUGGUGGAAUCAAGUUACUCCAUAUGCGCUGGACUGAUAGACGGACGCCUCAGUUUCCGGGGCAUGAAUCCGGAACUGGAGCUACUCUUGGAGCAGGAGCUGGCGGAGAAGCAGGGCCGCACGAAACCGGAGCAGCCCAAGGAGGUUUCUGACCAGGACAUGGCCAAGGCUUACUACACCAACAAGGCGCCCACGGUCACCGGCAGCAUGGGAAAAAAGUUCAGCACCAAGAAGGACUUCAACAGGAAGCAGAAUGGCGACGAUAGGGGAAAUACGCACCCCAAGAAGAAACAGCAUUUCAAAAAACCCCGCUCGGAUGACGAUUAGUUUACUCCUUAGUUCUUACCCACUGACCUAGCUAAUAGUUAAAUAAAAAUACGAAUUCAAUUGGA